GAAACGUCAAUGCCCCAAAUUGUGGGCUUGUGCCUUAUCAAUAUUGGCAUUUUCGCUUGAUAUUGAGAGCGCACCGUUGACCGAAUGAAUGAGAGUAUUUCUUUGUCAUUUAGAACAAAACAAUCCAAUACAUGAAAGUGUUCCAGCACGGGCCGUCAGUGGGUAGCGAAGACGAUUCCCGCUGCAUGCCGGUAACGAUUAUCUCCCAGAUGUGACCUUCAUACGACAUUCAGUCCGCUUUUAUCACUCAGAUAUUUGCCAGUCGGGGGAGAGCAUAGAAGUUGAAAGGUUUUCAGGGCUAGUGGUUGAAGCUGUAGCUUUGUAGUUCAGUAAUUCUAGCUAAUCUAGUCGUGUGGGGUUCGAAAAGUGUUCAGAGAGAUGACCCUUAAGUCAGCAACCGUUCAAACCACCCCGUAUGAGGGUCAAAAACCGGGAACAAGCGGGCUCAGGAAGAAGGUGAAGGUUUUUACUCAGAAGAAUUACACGGAGAACUUCGUUCAGUGCAUUUUGGACGCUAAUGGCAGUGCAAUUUCCGGGAGUCUGUUGGUCGUAGGCGGCGAUGGACGGUAUUAUUGCAAGGAGGCGGUGGAAAUCAUUGCCAGGAUUUGCGCUGCUAAUGGGGUUGCCAAGCUCCUGGUCGGACAGAAUGGUAUCCUAUCAACACCUGCGGUAUCGAGUCUUAUUCGUCACAAUAAAGCAUAUGGUGGUAUCAUCCUGACAGCAUCACAUAACCCCGGUGGCCCAGAUAAUGACUUUGGCAUUAAAUUCAAUUGCUCGAAUGGAGGACCAGCUCCAGACGGUGUAACGGAUAAAAUUUUUCAACUAUCCACUGCCAUCAAAGAGUAUAAAAUUGUUGAAGAUCUUAAAAUCGAUAUUUCGAAAAUUGGAACAAAUUGCUACGAGGUUGAUGGUAAACCGUUUGUUGUCGAAGUAAUCGACUCUGUCGAAAAUUAUGUAAAUCAUAUGAAGGAAAUUUUCGAUUUCGGCAAACUUCAUGAUUUCGUGAGUGGCAAGAAGACUGGAACACCACUGAAGGCACGAAUUGAUUCGAUGAACGGCGUAACUGGUUCAUAUGUGAGGGAGAUAUUCCUUAACUGUCUAGGAGCGACGCCCGAUAGUGUUGUGCAUACGACGCCACUAGAAGAUUUCGGUGGAUUACAUCCUGAUCCAAAUUUGACAUAUGCCAAGGAUUUGGUAGACACCGUAGCGAAAGGAGAUUACGACAUUGGGGCUGCAUUCGAUGGCGAUGGAGAUCGUAAUAUGAUUAUCGGAAGGAAUGCUUUCUUCGUGACACCUAGUGAUUCUUUGGCUGUCAUUGCUCAUUACUUGGAGUGUAUUCCUUAUUUCAGGAAAAAUGGAAUUCAAGGAUUUGCUCGAAGUAUGCCAACUGCAUCUGCUGUUGAUUUAGUCGGCCAAAAGCUUGGAAAGGAAGUUUUUGAAGUGCCCACGGGAUGGAAGUACUUUGGCAAUUUGAUGGAUGCUGGUCGUCUCUGCUUGUGUGGUGAAGAAAGCUUCGGUACUGGUUCGAAUCACAUUCGUGAAAAGGAUGGAGUAUGGGCAGUCCUUGCAUGGCUUUCAAUAAUGGAACACACUGGAAAGAGUAUUGAAGACAUCUUGAAGAACCAUUGGUCAAUUUAUGGUCGCAAUUACUUUACCCGAUAUGAUUAUGAGGAAUGCGAAUUAGAACCAUGCAAUCAAAUGAUUAGUACAAUGGAGAAGACUAUUACUGACCCUGCAUUUAAGGGUCGUGAAUUCAGUUCCUUGGGGAAAACGUACAAAGUGAAAGUGGCCGACAACUUUGGUUAUACAGAUCCUGUCGAUAAAUCGGUUGCAUCGAAACAGGGAUUAAGAGUCGUGUUUGAAGAUGGCAGUCGAAUCGUAAUGAGGCUGAGUGGAACUGGAAGCUCAGGAGCAACUGUGAGGAUGUACAUUGAUUCAUAUGAAAAGGAUAAUGUUCUUGGAAAGGCUAGUGAAAUGCUUAAACCGUUGAUCAACAUUGCUUUGGAAAUAUCCGAUCUCCAGAAAUUCACCGGUCGCACUGCACCCACCGUUAUUACAUAAAAUCAUCGAUAAGGACCUGCUAGCUGAGAAUACUCUGUUUUGUUAAAUGAAUCUUGCAUUUUUUGUUCGCUUUCAAACGUUUGUUGCAUGAUGGGGGAGAAAAAAUAAAAAUUUAAUGUUAAAUGAAUUU